CGUUAAAUAUAAUUGAGAAAAAACAAGAAACUUUUCCUGACAAAUUAGAAGACGCGUCAGAAGAGGUUAAACAAAAAUUUGCAGAUUUUUGUCAUCGAUAUGAUACAUAUUCGGAUGAUAACACGUGUCACUAUCAAAAGAUUGCAU